GCCCGAGGCCGCUCCGACAAACCCUAGCAGGAAGAGGAAGAGGAAGAGGAAGAGGUCGCGUGGCGAUUUGUUUUGUUGUUCAGCAGUGGAGGCAGGUGGAGUUCUUCUCUUCUUUCUGGUUUAAGAAUGGUUGCGUCUGUGGCGUCCUCGGCCUUCUUUCCUGCUUCAUCUUCCUCGUCAGUGGUUUCGGCUAAAGCAUCACAGCGUGUCGGUGACGGCCCUCAAAACUUGGGUGUCAGAGGCAUUGUAGCAAAGCCUACCUUAUCAUCUGGUGCAAUGAGGGUGGAGGCACAAGCACCUUCUAAGGCCGGUCUGAAAUCUGAGACUCUUAAAGUUGAGGAAGAUUCUCCAUCAACUGCAAGGACAUUUUACAACCAAUUGCCCGACUGGAGUUUUCUAUUUGCUGCCAUAACAACAAUCUUCUUGGCUGCUGAGAAGCAGUUUACCCUGAUUGACUGGAAACCUAGGCGUCCUGAUAUGCUUGCUGAUGCAUUUGGGCUGGGAAAGAUAAUGCAGGAUGGUUUUGUUUUCAGGCAGAACUUCAGCAUUAGGUCAUAUGAAAUAGGAGCGGAUAGAACUGCUUCUAUAGAGACUUUAAUGAAUCAUCUGCAGGAAACUGCCCUCAACCACGUAAGGGGUGUUGGGCUCAUGGGUGAUGGGUAUGGUUCGACGCCAGAAAUGUGCAAGAGAAAUUUGAUUUGGGUGGUGACCAAGAUGCAGAUUCUUGUUGAGAAAUAUCCUUCCUGGGAAGAUGUUGUUGAAAUAGAUACAUGGGUGGCUGCGUCAGGGAAAAAUGGGAUGCGCCGUGAUUGGCAUGUCCGUGACUAUCGAACAGGACAAACUGUUAUGCAAGCAACCAGUGUGUGGGUGAUGAUGAACAAACAGACCAGAAGAUUGUCUAAACUCCCAGAGGAAGUUAGAGCAGAAAUAGGUUCCUAUUUUAUGGACCGGGAUCCUAUUUUAGAUGAGGAUAACAGAAAGUUUCCGAAGCUUGAAGCUAACACCGCAGACCAUGUUCAAAGAGGCCUGACUCCUCGGUGGAGUGAUUUGGAUGUCAAUCAGCACGUGAACAAUGUCAAGUAUAUCGGUUGGAUCCUUGAGGGUGCACCGAUCACAAUUCUAGAGAGUCAUGAGCUCGCGAGCAUGACUCUGGAGUACAAGAGGGAGUGUGGGAGGGGCAGUGUGCUGCAAUCGCUUGCUGCUAUCUCCAGCAACAACGCAGGUGAUUCGGCUAAGCCUGGCAUUGAGUGCCAGCAUCUUUUGCGUCUGGAAUCCGGUGCUGAGAUCAUGAGGGGUCGAACCGAGUGGAGGCCUAAGCGUGCCCAAGGUCUCCAACCCGACUGGCUUCAAGCUAGGAUUGCAUAAAUGCAUUGGCUACUGAACUUCGAGGGCCAGUUCGACUAACAAAGCCUCCUUGAUAUGUUGCUCUGCUCAAAUACCAUGAGUGUAAAAUGAUGCAGUCCAUAUAAAGCCCCAUGUAUUAUUUUUGUAACCUUACGGUUUCUAUCUAUAUGUUCCUUAGCAUCUA